AUUCUGGGAAGUGUUUUCUGGAACAUAAAGAAGCUGUGUUCUAGACAUUGCCAAGGUUGUACCUUGUGUUGCAGCUGUAUUUGUCAUUCGGGUGGUACUGGUUUUGAAGGUAUGAAGGGGUCAUGGAGAGCAGCUGAGGCUUGGCACUGUGAGAGGCCAUGGAAGGACAUUAGUAAAGGUGUAGCCUCAGUUGCAGUUGAUGGCCCAGGACUGAAGGGGUCAUGUAAAGCAGUUGAGCCUUGGCACCAGGAAGAGAGCCUAUGAGAGGCUAUUGGUGAAGCCUAGUUGCAAUGGAGGACACCAGUGUAUUGGAGAUGCCAGAACCAUGGGAUGAUCACCAAGAACAGCAGCAGCUUCCUAGGCAAGCGCUCUACCACUGAGCUAAAUCCCCAGCCCCCAAAGAACCAUUUCUAAGCAGGCCCACUUCCCCCAUGACCUCCUAACUGUUCUUUCCACUACCUCUGGUGGGUGGUGGGCUACAAGGGAGGUUAACGCGUUUAAGAACCCUUUCUUAAAGUAGGUUUUGAAAAAAUAUAAAGCCAAGACUUCUGUGGUGUGUGCGUAAAUAAACGUGUGGAAUAAUGUAUAGGGAGUAAAUAAAUGUAGAACAAAAUAUCCUCAGGACAGAUCUUAACCUGAGGGUUGUGUGCAGUUUUAGCUUCUGUCUUCCUUCUGUGCAGGCAAGAAGUGCUUCAUAGCUGGCGUGGUCCACAUCUUUGGAGUGUCCAGGCAUUAACUCUGUGACUGCUGAAAUAGCCAAUUAGGUGAUUCAGAUGAGAAGCACAUCGGGCCUUUUUUUUUUUUUUUUUUUUUUUUUUAGAUUUAUUUAUUUAUUUUAUGUACAGCAUUCUGCCUGCAUAUGUGACUGCAGGCCAGAAGAGGGCACCAGAUCUCAUUACAGGUGGUUGUGAGCCACCAUGUGGUUGCUGGGAAUUGAACUCAUGACCUCUGCCCGUUAUUCUUUUUUUUUUUUAUACUUUUUUCUAUUUUUCAGAGCUGGGGACCGAACCCAGGGCCUUGCACUUGCUAGGCAAGCGCUCUACCACUGAGCUAAAUCCCCAACCCCGAACUCAUGACCUCUGGAAGAGCAGUCUUAACCACUGAGCCAUCUCUCUCCAGCCUCCCCCCCCCUUUUUUUUUUAAUUCUAGCUGCUGUCAGGCAGAUGCUGUACAAUGGAGCUACAUCCCUUGUCCAUUUAAUUUGAACAUCUUCGUACUAAGGUCUGGUAGUAAGUGCUUCAAAUAUUCUGGGGGGCUAGUUUUGAGGGCUGUAGAGAUACUGCACGAUCUUUGAGAGGACCCAGGUUCAAUUUCCAGUACCCAUAUGGCCACUCACUAUGGUUUGUGACCCUCUCCUGGCUUUCACAUUAUAUUAUAUAUAAUAUAUAUAAAUUAAUAUAUAUAUUAAUUUAAAAAGGGUUGAAUCAAGGCCAUCAUUCUGAUACUCAUUCAUUUCAGUGAUACUGAGAAUUAAGCCCAGAGUCUCAUGCAUACCAGGCAAGAGCUCUACCAUUGAGCUGUAGCCCUAGCGCUCCAUUUUAAAUUUGUUUCACUAAAUUGCUCAAGCUGCCCUUAAAUUCACUCUAUCCCCUUGGUUGCCCUAACUCAAAAUCUUCUUGUCUUAGCCUGACAAGUAGCUGGGCUACAGGUCUGACCCAUCAGGCCUUGUUUUAAGACAUCACUCUUGGCUGCUCAACAUGGCGCCGCAGAAAGACAAGAAGCCCAAGAAGUCAACCUGGAGGUUUCAUUUGGACCUUACUAAUCCAGUAGAGGAUGGAAUUUUUGAUUCUGGGAAUUUUGAACAAUUUCUAUGGGAGAAGGUUAAAGUCAAUGGAAAAACUGGAAAUCUUGGGAAUGUUGUUCACACUGAACGCCUGAAGAAUAAAACCACAGUUGUUUCUGAGAAACAGUUCUCAAAAAGGUAUUUGAAAUAUCUUCCCAAGAAAUACCUUAAGAAGAAUAAUCUCCCUGAUUGGCUUCGUGUGGUCACAUCUGACAAGGAGACGUAGAAACUUCGUUAUUUCCAGAUUAGUUAAGAUGAAGAUGGUUCAGAGUCUGAGGACUAAUUGGCCUUUGCUUUUAAUAAAAUGGAAGGAUGCUAAAGAAAAAAAAAAGACAUCAUUCUAAUCUUGAUGUCUAAUCUAGUACAGAAGCCAAGCAGUGAAACUCUAUUUUUUAAAUAUUAUUUUCCAAAGAUGUAUUUAUUUAUUAUAUACAAGUACACUGUAGCUGCCUUUAGCCACACCAGAAGAGGGCAAUGAAUUCCAUCACAGAUGGUUGUGAGCCACCGAGUGGUUGCUGGGAUUUGAACUCAGGACCUCUGGAAGAGCAGUCAGUGCUCUUAACCGCUGAGCCAUCUCUCCAGCUCUUCAAUAUUAUUUUUAAUGAUGUUUCUUAAACACUUUUACCUCCCUUGUAGUCCACCACCUACCAGAGGUAGUGGGAAAAUAAAAAAAAAAAAAUACAGGGGAAGUGGACCUAUUUAGAAAGGUUCUUUGGAGCAACUGCCAUCUGUGUUAUCUGGAAACUGGCAGUUCAGUUCACAGGUCAGCAGCAGCAGCUUGAUUUACUCGCAAACAUUUCAUGGAUAUACCAACAGUCCAGUUCGGUAGAGUUGGGUAAACAACAGCAGAGACACAACCAUAGAAGAUGUGAGACUCACAAGCGCUGCACAGCUAGCUGUACCAGCAAGCCAAGCUCUAUCCCCAUCACCCCAUGGAGUCCUGUGGAGUCCUGUUUAUACCCUCCAGAACAUCACAUGUCCUCUAUGUGUCUUGCCUCAGCAUGUGCAUCCCAUCAACCAGAGUCUACAGAGUCCCCACAAAUACGGCUCAACCACACAGUGUAAGGCAGACCAAUAUGUGCGUGUUGUUAGCAAAGAGUCCUUCAUCACGUGUCCUUUCAUGUGUUUGUUUUAGCAGAACGUCCCUCUCUCCUGUGUCUGCUUCAGUGAAACAUCCCUUCGUGAGUCGGCCUUAGCCUUUCACACCUGUGUCCACUUUAAUGAAGCGUUUCUUCACGUGUUUGCCCCAGCAAAACACCAGCAAUCGACUUUCCGAAGAACCCUUACGUUCCCUCUUCCAAGCAGGAUGAGGACUAAAGAGUACAUUUGCUUCGUCAUUGAGGUGUUCUUAGACCUUGACUUAGCUUCAGGGGAGUGGCACCCCUAGAUCAGGGUAGGACAUAGGAAAGUAGUAACCGUUCUUUGAGGACAUUUAAUUCUCAAGGAAAACAGAGGAGGUGGCAGAGUCAAAGGAGGCCUUUUAUGUAUAAGGAAGAUUUAAAUGCUGAUGGGAAGGCUCUAAGGAAGGAGGAGCAGUUGAAGAUUGAUGACAAAACCCAAAAUUAUUAGGGCCACAGAGAUGGCUCAGUCAGUAAAGUGCUUGCCAUGCAAGCAGAAGUCCCUGAGUUCUAUCCCCAUCACCCAAGAAAAAAGUGGAACGUGGGGUUGGGGAUUUAGCUCAGUGGUAGAGCACUUGCCUUGCUAAGCAUAAGGCCCUGUGUUGGGUCCUCAGCUCCAGGGGGAAAAAAAAGACAAAAUAACAAAAAGGUGGACCACGCUCAUAUCCCUGGAGAACAGAGACCUGUGCAUCCCUGAAGUUCACUGGCCAGUCAUCCUAGCCUAAGGAGAAAUCCCCAGAACCCAGUGAGCAACAAUGUUUCAAAAAACAAAGUAGGAGCCAGGUGUGCUGGCGUGUAACUUUAAUCCAGGCACUUGGGAGGCAGAGGCAGGUGGAUCUCUGCCAGCCUGGUCUAUAGAGGGAGUUCCAAGUUGAUGAUGAGACUGUCUCAAAAAAAAAAAAAAGUAUUUAAAAAAAGAUCAGGGACAAGAGUUACAGGUUGGGUACUCUGCAGAAUAGGUUCUGGGAAGCAGAUCAGUGUGUCAAAAGUUUUGAUUGAUUGAUUGAUUGAUCAAUUGAUUGAUUUUAGAUAUGCUUUUGGAAUUAACACCUGUAGAAGAAAAUCGUGAAGGAUUGGGCCACGGGAGAAAGUGUGCUGAGAUCUCUGAAGCUAGGAUGAUACUUUAGGGAGACCCUUUAUAGGGACAGGAAGUCUGGGCAGGGAGCCGAGUCCUUAAACUCCGAGUCAAGUGAAGGAGCGAGGCACUCUCGCUGGCACUGGCAGAGGUAAAUCCCCCAGGACAAGGAUUUUUCAGGCAGCUGAAUGCAGUCCGUUGGCAGCACGCCCAGCAGUCAAGGGAACAGGUCCUUCAGCCUGAAGGACACCUAGGUAGUGCUUCUCAGUGCCCAUCUGACCAUCCCAGGGUGGGUGGGUGAGACGAGAGUUUAAGGAGAGUGAGAGAUGUUUAAAAUAGCUACCAUUGUGGCAGAAUGGUUUUUGGUUUGGUUUGGUUUGCUUUGGGUCUUUCAAGACUGGGCUCUCUGUGUAGCCCUGACUAUCCUGGAACUCUGUAAACCAAGCUGGCCUUGAACUUGCAGAUCCGCCUACCCCCUUCCUCUGCUGGGUUGAAAGGCAUGGCCUACUACCAUCCAGUGUCACAAGGGUUUUUAUGUGUCAGGCACAGUGUCCUGCCGUAAAGGAGACGCUGUCCUCUUGGAAGAUCCCGAGGCUGACCCUGGAGAUGGGUGGCUACUGGCGGGCUUCACAGAAGAGCAGGCAAUGGAUCUGGGCUUUGAAGAGCAAGCAGGUGUUGCUCAGCUGCUGUGGCCAAGGACCCUAGAAGACCCACCUCUAGGUCUGGUCAGUCAGUCACCGAGAGCCUUUAGAUCUCAUGCCCUUGGCAGUUUUCCUGUCUGGAUGGACUUCUUGCUAGGGGACCUAAGGGACUUCUACCUUGGGGACCUGGGGAGAUGCCUUUGGAUUUGCCCUUCACCAGCUGGAAGGAGGCAUUACAGGAGGCGUGCUGAAUACUUUAGGGGGAGAAUUGCUGCUCAGACCGGGAGGGAAGAAGCACUUUAGCACCAAAAUUUCAGCUACAGCAGCAACUCUGGGUACAAGGCUCAGAUUUUAGAGACCAAUAUACUUGUAAAAAACAAAAAACAAAACAAAACAAAAAAACCACAAAACAAGACAAAAAAAGAAACUACAAAAACCAAGAGCAAAGCAAGCCCUACAUAUUAUAAUUGUCUCAGAGGAACCCCUCCCUGCUCACAGUUGGAUUUGGUUGCCCUCAGAUGUCACCAUGCCAUAGGUAUUUAUAUGGUCAUCAUAGGUAUCUUGAAUCUCUAGAGCAAUGGUUCUCAACCUUCCUUAUGCUCUGAGCCUUUAAUAUAGUUCCUCAUGCUGUGGUGACCUCCCCAACCAUAAAACCAUCAUUGCUUCUUUAUAACAGUAAUUUGUCCGUGUUACAGUGUUACAGAUUGUAAUGCAUAUAUCUGUGUUUCCCAAUGGUCUUGGACAUCCCCCAAGGGGUCUUGACCCACAGGUUGAGAACCAAUGUUCUAGUGGGUUCUUGGCACUGAGCCUUGCCUGUAGGUAGCCUUGCCUGUUGGCACCAUUCACUGAAGUGAGCAGAGGAAAUCUAGACAAGAACAGAUGGAGACCUCUGGGUAUCCCUGUACUCACCCCAAGGUGUAAGCCACAGAGCAGAAGGGCGGGAGAGCCCAGAAUAGAGACAGCAUUCUACAUACUUAGCUCUAACUCCUGGAUCCCCAUACCAGAUCCUGCCCGUAGAGUUCCAUACCACUUGGUCAUUACCAGGCCAGAAAACAACCCAGGUAUCAUCUUAUAGGGGCCAACAUACCAAUCCCAGGCACUGUCAAACCGAUAGUCACCUGGCUCAGGAGAACUGGAUUACAACAUAAACAUUUUUUCAUAAUUUGCAAAACAAGUCUCAUUUACUUCCUCAUAACAACCCUUCACGUAGAUUUUGUUUUAUCCACCCCCACCUUGUAGAUGAGGUAACAAAGGGUCCGAGAAAUAAACUGUCUUUUCCUAGAACAUCUAACACAGGCAGGACUUGAACUCAGGUCUUUGGUCUCCACUCCCUGUUGAUCCACUAGGUACUGCUACCUCUGGUUCUAGCUCUGCCCUGGGGCAACCUUUAUUUGGGUUUUUGUUUUUCCAGCUGUGAUACGGAAGUCACCCAUUCUGUGGUUCUGAUUCUCUGUUUCAGCAGGUAAGACAACUGGGUGGUCUAUGGAAACUGCCUGCGGUGGGAGAGUCCUCUGGUCGCCUUCCUCUUUCGGCCACUACAUGAUAUUUCUCAGUAACCCUUACAGUCCCUUCCUGUCCCGCAUGUGU